AUGUCUGCAGGCCACUCUGAGCCUCAGGUGCUCUUCAGUGUGAACAAUAUAACCGCCUACGCUGUUCAGAAUGGCGAGGAACAUCUGGUCACCACCAGUGGCCCCCAAACAAUGUCUCUGCUGAUGGUCCCUACUGCAUCACCCUUUGCCGACUUAUCAUCCACCGAUCCAUCCAGUUCAGCGCCUGAAGAAGACUUCUACCUCCAUCUUCAUCUUCCCCCAGAGCUUGAUCUGUCCUUGCCUGCAAGCACCCAGGUCUAUCACAAACCACCUAGCAGCUAUCUGAUUCCCCGAUGGGAUUUGGGUCCUGAUGCAGGCGCUUUCAUUCGCAUCCAAUUCCCUUCUGUUGGCCACGGGCCCGGGAAAGUGACCCAAGAAGAGGUUGAUACUUUCGAAACCAUUCUUGCACAAUGUACAGCAUUUCUCGAGCGUGCCAGUGCCCCUCCGAAAGGCUAUAAGCAAUACGAUCCUCAAGAGUAUCAACCUGGUGAGGGAUACAUUGGUUCAUCCAAACCAGGCAAGGAACAACAAGCCCUGGUCCAGCAAAACCACGGACAGAUUGUUCUCAUUGAUGAAGAAAACGGAAGCGUGAUUGGUGAACUCACAGACAGUUACAACGUUGUCGAAUCCAAUGCUAUCAAGCCCGGUUCAAAGAGUAAGUCUGAUGCCAUUGCCCCAUAUAUGUAUGGUCAGAAACUGAUAUGUUUCCCAGCGCCCGUUCAGAUUCAACUCCCCGAGGAAGGAUCCGGCAACCAAAUACGAGUCGACAACGUAUCAGAGCAUUAUCUGGAAAUGGCCAAACAUCCAGCAUAUGCCAAAUCCACAAUUGUGCAGUCUUCGGCAACAGCCUCUCGAUUGCUAGUGACAGGAUCGACCUACAUUGCAAAGGCCAUGACUUCGGGAGCGGAUUCUUUUCAGAAAAAGACACAGCCGAAUCCCAAACCAAUGACAUUUUCACCAGCCACCCACGAUCGAAUUCGACAAAUACAUUCCUUCACACAGGGAGCCGUCGGGAUCAGUGCUAAGACUGUGGGUCAGUUGGGAAAGUACGCCCAAAACUUUGGAGCGUCGCUUGCGCGCAAAGGAGAGCGGAGCAAAAAGGAGCCUGGCAAGGAUUAUAAGCCCGGAGUGCUCAAUAAAUCCAUGAUCGCGUUCUCGACGAUUGCGGAUGGCAUUGACCACGCUGGACGACAACUACUGGCAUCAAGUUCGGCAGCUGCAACCAAUGUGGUUGGACACAAGUACGGGGCCGAAGCCGGAAAUGUCGCAUCAGGAUUGGCGGGUGGUGUCAAAAAUGUCGGCUUGGUGUACAUCGAUGCCAUGGGGGUGUCGAGACGAGCGGUGAUCAAAUCAGUGGCCAAGGGCAUGGUGGUGGGUCGCAUGCCAAAUGGACAACAGCUGAUAGUGGGAGGAGGUGAUGGCGGGGUAGUGCCAGCGGAAGCACGUCCAGCAUUGGGAGAGAAACGAAAUGACAGCUAUUCUUCCGAUUUAUAUGGAGGUGCUUCCCAACCGGGCGUCAAUCGACCAGGGUAUGGAGUCGAAGGCUAUGGAAAUGCGGCUACUUUACCACCCGCGUAUUCUUCAGGAGCAAUUGGCGAGCCGCUAGGAUCGACGUUACAGGGACAGAAUGUGCGGGAGAAGCGAUGA